AUGACUGUUUUUUUUCUCCUUGAGGAUGCUUUGUUUUGUUUAGAUGAACUGCUGACGGCCUUUAUCACACAGCUGGGACACGCCCACGGCGGUAUAGUCGUGGACUUGCACAAGGUAAGCGACUAUAACGACAGCUCGUUCCCCGAGUUUCUUCUCGAUGUUCACCAACGUCUGUUUCCACGGCUUGACUUCCUCCUCAUGACAAGUGACGACACAGUGUGGGAUAUACUGGCUUAUGUAAAUCGAAUUGAUUCCUUCAGUAAUAGGACAACAGAUUUUAACUACCACUCUAAGUGGCUUGUGCUCCUGAAUUCAGGAAAUGUUGACAAGUUUGCGUACAAUCUUCACAGUUUGCAACAUGUGACCUUCAUUCAAAACGUGUGCGGUGUUCAGAUGUCGUCGUUUAUCUACUCAAAAACUGUCGACAAUGCUACGGAAUAUUCAGGCUUCUCCAUUGAUUUGUUGAAGGCAUUGGCGAGACGUCUAAACUUCACAUACGAAUUUGUAGAACCGACACAUGGAACAUGGGGAGUGCUUGAUAAUGGGUCUUGGAACGGACUGGUUGGUAUGAUGGAAAGAAGGGAAGCCGAUCUUGCACUGGCCGACCUUUCCAUCAACAUCAACAGGUCAAAGGUCAUGGACUACCUUUUACCUCCCAUCUAUUACGACAAAAUAGACAUUGUCUACAAAGAGGAAAAUAGCAUCCCAUCAACGUGGAUGACGUUCCUUCGACCGUUUUCUCCCAUUGUCUUUAUGUCGAUAGCCGUGAGCACUGUGGGAUUUUUCGUCCUGUAUUCGGCAGCGAUGGUGGUGAUUCGUAAUAAGUACACGUGCAGAAAGGAACCGAGGACAGUCACAGACGUCGUGUGGUUCACCAUCUCCUCUCUCUUUAAACAAGGUACCACGAUUAUUAGCCCGUCCACUCACGGCAUACGGAUUCUCGUGUCGGCGUGGCUGCUGUUUUCCCUCGUGGUCAUCACGGAGUACACCGGCCACCUGACCGCGGCCUUCACUGUACUGCCCGAGCCCAAACUCUUCAAGAGUCUGCGACAGAUUUUAGAUCAUCCCCAGUAUAAGAUAGGAAUGGUCAAAGGAGCUAUCACCAGCAUGCUUUUAGAGAACUCAAACAAUCCGGAAUAUCGUGAAGUUUGGUCUUACAUCGUAGAAAACAGAAAACGCUACCCAGAAAUAUUUAGCGAGAGUGAAGAAACUCAUUUAAAAAAGGUAAAGGGAGGCAACUACGCCCUUAUUGACUACGAUUCCACCUUGCGAAUGUUCAUGAUAGAGAACUGUGGUCUUCAAAGACUCGGAAUAAGUUUAGAGUGGCAACCCGUUUCUCUAGGAGUUCCUCUAAAUUCGACGCUGAAAGUGGACCUUGAACGAGUAAUGCGACGAUUAGAAGCGUCAGGUAUCUUUAACUACUGGUGGUACGUGCACAUGUCCCAGCUAAAACACAUCACCUGUCCGUCCAGGCAGCGGUCUGUGAGUUCCAGUAUCACGCUGGAUGACAUCAAAAGCGGAUUCGUUCUUCUCGGAGCUGGCAUUGGAGCCGCAGUUCUUUCUCUGGCCGCAGAAGUCCUGAAGAAGAAGUUGAUGUGA